UUUGAAACUAUUCUCUUCUCGAAAAGACGAGGAUGAAUUACGGGUGGGUACGCCCUGUUUUUGGUUUCGUCAUCGAUUGUCUUCUUAUCUUAGGCGCCGGUGUUCUCCUCAACAAACUCACCGACACUAAACCUGUUAGCCCCAAGAAGAAGAAAAGUUCGGUUUUAUCUUCUACUGUAUCUACUUCAUCUGGAUUGAACUAUGAGGUUUUCUUGAGUUUCAGAGGUGAAGACACUCGCAAUAGCUUCACUGAUCACCUCUACAAAGCUGUGAAAGACAAUGGAAUUCACACCUUCAGAGACGACGAUGAACUCAGAACAGGAGAAGAGAUCGGUCCAGAGCUUCUCGCCGCAAUCCAGCAAUCGACGAUCGCGAUCCCGAUCUUCUCCAAAGGCUAUGCUUCUAGCAAAUGGUGCCUUAUUGAGAUCGCCAUGAUAGCAGAGUGGAAGAAGAAGGGGCAAACUGUGUUGCCGAUUUUCUACAGAGUGGAACCAUCGGAGGUUAGGAAUCAGACUGGGAGCUUUGCAGAGGAUUUUCGGAAGCACGAGAGGCGUUUUGAUGAUGAAACUGUGAGGAGGUGGAGGGAGGCUCUGGCUGAUGUGGGCAAAUUGAAAGGAUGGGAUUUGGACAAAAAUAGGAAAGAGGCAAAUUUAAUAAGCUUAGUCGUUGAAACAGUUUUGCAGAAACUGAAGAAUACCUCCUUGAUUGUUAGUGAUAACCUAGUUGGCAUCGAUUCACAUAUCGAGGAAAUGAUGAGAUUGUUAUAUGCUGAAUCUAAACAGAUUGUGGGGAUCCAUGGCAUGGGUGGUAUAGGCAAGACAACAAUUGCCAAAGCUACCUUCAAUAAAAUCUGUUCUCAUUUUGAUGGAUGUAGUUUUUUGGCAGACGUUCGAGGUACUUGUCAACAACCCAGGGACCUUGUGUAUUUGCAAAAUAAACUUAUCUCUGAUAUCCUAAACCAAAAGGAACAAAGCAUCACUGAUGUUGAUGAAGGAAUUAAAGUGAUAAGAAAAAGAUUUUCCAAUAAGAGAAUUCUUCUUGUUAUUGAUGACGUGGAUCACUAUCGUCAAUUAAAUGCACUAGCAGGGAAUGGUGAUUGGUUUGGAUUGGGAAGUAGGGUCAUCAUUACAACAAGAGAUAAGCAUGUAUUAUAUUUGUAUGGAGUGGAUGGGAUUUAUGAGCCAAAGGAAAUGGAUCUUAUUCAAUCUAUUCAACUUUUCAGCAAGCAUGCUUUUAGAAAAGAUCAUCCUCCAGAAGAUUAUGUGGAUAUUUCACAAAAGGUGGCAAAAACUACUGGAAGGCUUCCUUUGGCUCUUGAAAUUUUAGGAUCUUUUUUAUUUUUGAAGCCAAAAUCUGUUUGGGAAGAAACAUUGAAGAAGUUGAAGAAAAAGCCUAAUGCUCAAGUCCGAGACAAGUUGAGAAUAAGUUAUGAUGGGUUAGAUGAUGAAGAGAAAGCUAUCUUUCUUGAUAUAGCAUGUUUUUUUAUUGGAACUGACAAAGAAAUUGCAACUCAAAUAUGGAGUAGCUGUGAAUUUUUUCCAGAAAGUGGGAUUAGUAUCCUUCAGCUAAAGUCUUUUGUAAAAAUUGAUGACAAGAAUAAGUUCUGGAUGCAUGAUCAGCUUCGAGACCUCGGUAGGGAAAUAGUUCGUGAAGAAAAUCCUCUCGAGCCUGGAGAGCGUAGUAGGUUGUGGUCUCAUGAGGAAGCCUUGAAUGUACUGAAGACAGAAACGGGAACAAGGAAAGUGGACGGCCUCCACCUUGACUUUGGAUAUGCUUCAAAAGAUCAUUAUUUGAAGAGUGAAGGAUUUCAAGCAAUGUCUAAACUAAGGUUGCUCAGAAUUGAUUAUACAGACCUUGUUGGAAACUUUGAGCACCUCUUUUCAAAGUUGAGAUGGCUUAGUUGGAAAGGAUGCCCUCUGGAGUUUACACCAGCCAAUUUUCACUUGGAGGAGCUUGUUGUUCUUGAUUUAUCACAGAGCAAUGUCACAGAGCAUUGGAAGGGUUGGAAACAAAUCAAGAAGUCAACCACAUUGAAAGUUCUAAAUCUAACAGAUUGUUGCCUGAAUAAAACUCCUGACUUUUCAGCAUUCUCGAACCUGGAGAUAUUAAUUCUUGAAGGCUGUGGGAGUUUGUUUGAGGUUGAUGAUUCCAUUGGGCAUCUGAAGAGUUUGGUAUUCUUGAAUUUGAAUGAUUGUGACAGCCUAGUGGAAAUUCCCACUAGUAUUUGUAAGUUGAGUUCUCUUCAAAACUUUCACAUUGAAUGCGCUAAACUUCAGAAGUUGCCAACAGAAUUGGGUCUCAUGAAAGGGCUAACAAAACUUAUCAUUGACAAUGCUAUUCGGAUGGAACAGUUACCUGAAUCUAUUGGUCUUUUGAAGAAACUUAAGACCUUGACUGCAAAAUACUGUGCUGCAUUGACUGAAUUGCCCAAUUCAAUUGGUAAUUUAAAAUCACUUGUAGACCUUGUGUUAGAUGGGACACGAAUCAGUGUAUUACCAGAUAGUAUUGGAUUGCUGCAGAAACUGCGAUGCUUAUCAUUAAAGGGUUGCUUUCUACUAAGAAAGAUUCCAGAUUCCAUUGGAGGAUUGGUAUCGUUGGAAAAGCUUGACUUGUUUGGCACAGAUACUUCUGAAAUACCUGAUUCUAUUGGGAAUCUAGGUAAUCUAACAUUUCUUCGCCUUGAUCUUACUAAUAUAACGAGGCUACCUGAUUCUGUUGGAUUGCUAGAGAAGCUUGAGGUAUUAAGUACAAGGCAUUGCAAGAGGCUGCUUAACCAACCAGGUUCAAUGGGAAGAUUGAGACAUUUGCAAUGUUUUGAAAUGUAUUUAAAUGAUUGGGGGCACUUACCUGCUGAUUUUGAAACACUUUCAAACUUAAAGAAGCUGUCAAUUGGUGGACUUAAAAUUGUAGAAUCCAAGAGCUUUCUUGAGGGCCUUGGGAGUUUAUGCUCAUUGGAAGAACUUCUAUUAUACAAUUGGGCUAUCUCAGAAGGGGAAACUUUAGGUGAUAUUGGGAGACUAUCCUCUUUGAGAAUCUUAAAGCUAGAGAACAGCAGCUUUUGUAACCUUCCCGCAAGCAUCUGUAGCCUUUCUCUAUUGCAAAGUCUUGAAAUAAGGAAUUGCUCAAAUCUCCAGUCCCUUCCAAAGCUUCCAUCUAGUUUAAGGGUUCUAGAAGCUGAAGAUAAUUCGUCUAUGAAAAAAUUAUCAGAUAUUUCAAACUUAACAAAUUUACAAGAGUUGAACCUUCGGUUCUGCAGAAAACUGGUGGAGAUUCCUACUGAUAUUGGGAAUUCAACAAAAUUGGAAUCCUUACAUUUGGGAAAGUCUGACAUUCCCACCCUACCCACCAGUAUUAAUGCUCUUAACCGGCUCAAGGUACUUGACAUACACAGUUGUGUAAAGCUUAAGAACCUCCCGGAGCUUCCAUCGAGUCUAACUGAACUAAAUGCUGUUGGUUGCAUGUCAAUGGAAAGAUUGCCAAAUUUGUCGAACUUGAAAAGGCUCAAGCAUCUAAGGCUUGACGGCUGUCUCAAGCUUGUGGAGAUCCAGGGCCUUGAGGAAUUGGAAUGUCUGGUAACAUUAUGCCUUGAUUUCUGUGAGAGACUGACUGAGGUUGAAUGCCUUGAUGGACUGGAAUCACUAGAAAAGCUGUCAAUUAAGUGGGGAACUUCGCUAGAAAGGUUACCGAAUUUAUCAAGCUUGGAAAGACUAGAGGUGUUGGAACUUCCUCACUGCAAUAGGUUGGUAGAGAUCGUGGGCCUUGAGAGUCUGCAGUCUUUAAAAAAGUUGGACUUGUACAUGAGUACAUCAAUUGAAAGAUUACCAGAUCUUUCAAACUUGAAAAAAUUAGAAGAAUUGCAUAUUGAUGGCUGCAAAAAAUUGACUGAAAUUCAGGGCAGCGACAAAUUGGAGUCCUUACGAAUAUUCAAAAUGAAAGGGUGCGCAUCAUUAAAGAGUUUAGAUUUGUCAAGCUUGAAAGAAUUGGAGAAAGUAGAAGUCUCCAACUGCAGUAAGCUGAACGAGAUCAAGGGCCUCGAGGGAAGGGAGCACUUAAUUACUUAUAAGGAGUUGGAAGAAAUGGAACCCAUCAGCUGCUAGACUAUCUCUUUGAGUAACCAAAUACCAAGAUGGAAGACCUCUCUCUCCUACUCUGUCAAGAAUGAUCAAAAUGCUGCAGGAAGGUUACAUCAGUCCAAAUCCAACCUAAAUCUUUACGGUCUUAAAGACUUUUAGCUUAAGCCUGAUCCUAUCAUCACAACUACCAGGCUGGAGCCGAACACUGUCGCAUCACAGUACAAUGGAAACAUUAGAUUGUAGCAAUCUCUUGGUUUUUUCGGGUAAGCCCAAAUUUCUUUAAAUUACUAGUUGAAGAUGCGCUGUUUUACUUC